AUGGCAGCAACAACUACCAUAACAGCAGCAGAAACAGCAGCAACAGAAGCAGCAGAAGCAGCAACAGCAGCAAAGGCUAAAGACAAGAGCAGCACAAGCAGCAGCAACGCCAGCAGCAACAGUAGCAGCAACAGUAGCAGCAGCAGCAGCAACAGCAGCAGCAGCAGCAGCAGGAGCCGUACUUGGGCCAGACGUUUAGAGACGGGGUAUGCUUACCAUCCUCGCCUCCCCCAGCCGGCCCCAGAGGAGCCAACAUACUUCUAG